AUGCCAUAUGCGGAAGAGUGCCGAAUGAGCUAUUGUUCAAGUAUUUUCAUUCGAUAUUCCAAUGAUUGCGUUAUUCUUGCUGCCUGCCAGCAGUUUCGUGUUAGGGAUAGUGAAAGCAUUUCUGCCUUUAUUGCGUCUGUUUCGGAACCUAUUAUCGAAAAUAGUAAAUCUAUCCUAUUUGGGCCUUUUCAGCUCUCAUAUCCCCAAAUUAAUGUUCAAUUUCGCGCUGCCGGGUUGAAUCCAUUCAACUGUUCAUAUUCCUCAAUUCAUGAUUUCUCCUCGCGUGGAAAUACGCCGCGUAACUAUGACUUUCUGAACCCUUUAUCAGAGGUUAAAAUUUGUGUUCUUCUUCCUCAACACUUGGACCCAACUGAUCGCACAAUUGAUGGUAUGUUUUUCCUUUUGCACAUCUUUUUGUCUUUGCACCCUGUUCUUUUCCAAUAUUUGGAAGUAUUGCAACGCUUGAAGUCUCUACAGGCUACCUUGGAUCCAAAUCUAUCGAUUGUGCCUCCCACCUACUCUGGACUGUUAAUCAACCCAUCUCCUGAUGGAGGAUUUGCUCUCAUUGGAUUAUUUUUUCACAUCGGUGUGGAAGGCAAUGCUAGACAACUUAUCAAGCGUCUUUAUGACCUCUCGGUCUAUUUGGUGAGAUCUCGUUGCUUGCAAUACAGUCGUGAGGAUAUUACUAGGAUAUUUGGCGAUUCAACUCUUGCUAAACACUCUGCAUUGGGUCCCGUUAUCAUGCUUCAAUUCUACGGUCCUCCGGGGAUAGCAGUUGGCCAAGUUUGCCAAGGUGUUGGAGAUGAACUAGUGGGAAGGGAGCACAUCGAACCCCCAACUCUGAUCCACGUAACUCUGGAUUCUACUACUGCCUCAAAGCAGGCGGAUAUGCUCUCGCACUUUCCAGUUUCUAGAGCUUAA